AUGCAGGAUUGCCAGGUCUCUUUGCUCCAGCAGAGGGCCAACCCGCUCCCCACCCGAGAAGGCUCUCAGGCCGGGAAAGACGGCGUCCUGCGGGGGCUCCCUCCGUGGGCCGAGAUCGCGUGGGCCCCGCGGCAGCUGCCCUGCGGGGCCGGCUCUGGGCUGCUGCAGGGCCAGGAUUCCCAGCCACUGGACGGCUGCAUCCAGAACAUCCUCUCUGGGCUUUACCCUCCCUCUGAGAUCACAUCAGCCAGGUCUUUGAUGUGGUGGAGAAGCUCUGCGGGCUCAUCUAAGAAGGGGAUUUGCUCUUCCAGCAUGAGGCUGGCCCUUUUGGUUCAUGAGAAGAUCGUCAUCCAGCUGGCUUCUCUCGACUGGUGGAUCUUGAGGCCAGAGAAUGUUUACCUGCAAGUGGUUCUGUACUUGAGAAAGUCUCCAUGGAUCAUAGGGAAGUCCUUGGCCAAGGAGAAACAUAGCGUGGAGGAGUUUGUGGCAUCUGCUGCCUUGUGCGCCUCUCUCUUCACUGUGGAAUGGCUGAGCUCACUCAGCAGGAAAUGGUUGAGAACCACACUGGAAAACUGCUUCUUAGCCACAGCGGGUGUUUCCAAGAAGGCGGGAAGAGAACAGGGCAGCCAAGCCCCUUCCCCAGGCAAGGAGUCCGGCACGGGAGCCUUCCUGGAAGGUGGACACAACUCAAUCCGUGAAGCUCCAAAGACAAACUCCUUGGCACCCCCCCUCCCGGCCCUGUUUCCAGCUCAGGCAUGGCCAGAGCACACCAACCUCAUCCCAGAGGGGGAUCCGGCCACAGAAACAUCAUCAAAUGGGACAGAAAAUUCCAGGGAAGAAGCUGAUAACAGCAGCCUGGCACUGAGCACUCCUGGCGGCUCUGGGGGGAAAGACCUCGCGGCUGUGACUAUGCAACCAGGACCGCCACCCUUUCCAUCCCGGGGGAUUCUGGAAACAGACUCCCUGCCCAUGAAGAGCGUGAACUGGGAGAUGCUUCGGAGUGGGGCUGCCUGCCUGCCAGGUACCAGAGACAGAUACGGCCGGGCCGUGGUCAUCAUCACAAUGAGAAAUACAAUUUGGUUGUGCCCGAACUGCAAUGCCAGUGAAAUAACACGCCUUCUCCUGUAUUUACGCAGCAUUCUCAGGCCGGAGCUCAAAGCCUUGGGCUUGACAAUCCUGGUCGAUGCCCGACGAUCCUCCCCAAUCCCAGCUGUCUUUACAGCCUUGGGCACUUUGCAGGAGAUCAUCCCCCACUGCAUCCAGAGAGCCCUGCUGUUUGUGGAGAGAGACCACACCUUCCAGACAGAAAGGCCAGCUGCUGUGCAGUGUGAACUGCUCAGUUCCUUGAAGUCCCUCCAUAAACACAUCGAGAGCCAUCAGCUGCCUCAAGAAUUCAGCGGGUCGCUUCCCUAUUGCCACCAGAAGUGGCUGCACUUCCAAAUGCGUCUGGAGCACUUGCUUUCUGGGUGCCAAGAGGCUCGCCUGUUCCUCAAAGAGACGGUAGAAGCCGUGGAGUCCAGCAGCUGGCCGGAGAAACCCCAGGACGCCGGGGCCCUUUUGAAGAGUUCCAGGCAAAGGAUGAAAAUGGUUCUGGACGACCGAAGGCUGGCCAGGCUACGGUUGGAGGGGGGCGCUCUCCUGGCCAGCCUCAAGAAGGAGGAAUCCUGCCUGAUGCUGCCCGAGGACUGCAGAGAUGCCAUGAAAGUGGCUGGCACUCUUUACAACGAAGUGGACGAAGGAAUGCACCAGCUGGUGCUGGUCUCUAACAGGCGCAUCCAAGCCCUGGAAUGGCUGGUGGAAUUUGAAGCUGUGGAGCGAUGCUUUCAAGAGAUCUGUAGCUGGAUCAAGAAUGUUGGCGAAAAGCGCCUCUUGGAGCUGAACACCCUGGACCACCAUUCUCUGGAGGGGCUGCUUCAAGCCAAAAGGCAGUUCCAGGAUUUGGCACUUUGGGCAGAUGAGUAUUGCCAGAGGGGCCGGGAAGUGCUGAGGAGGUGGGACGGGGAGGAACAUCCACUGGCCAUGGGGCACCAGGCAGGCGGCAGAGUCCAGCUGCAGGAGUACCAGAACCAGCUGCAGGGAUUCUGCCGAGAGCUGGAGGCCGGCAGGAGCCGGGUGGAGCAGGCGGUUGAGCUCUACGGAUUCUUGGAAGAGGCGUACAAGUGGGCAGAGGAGGGGAUGCAGCUCCUUGCCCGCCUCAGCGGGGACAACUCUUCUGCGGCUGUUGGGUGUCUGCAGAGCUUCUGGGAGCAGCACCCAGGCAUGAGUGACAGCCAGUUCCAGAGUAUGAAGAGGCUGGCCGGCCUGCUGCCGAGCGGAGAUCCUCUUGAGAAAUGGCAGCUGGUCUGGUCCAAGUGCCAAAGGACCAAGCAGGGCUUGGCGACGAGGCUGGAAGCUGCGCGGAGGAUCCAGCAACCGCCAGGCCCUCUCCCGGCAGAGGAGGGAGAGCCCUGCUUGGCUCCUGCGGACAAGAGGGCUCCUCUGGCCGAAGUCCCCAGUGUGGUGCCUCUAACUGGAAGGCCGGCUCUGCUGUCCAGGCGGCCCGGGGGCAACACGGUGGAGCCUUGCGAUGGAGCUGGAGAGGGGCUGGUCCAGGCUGCUUGCAGCCCCUCUUGCCAGCCGGCUGUUGACACUCCUCCGCCCUCCUGCCGCCUCUGUGAUGGGGGAGCCCCUCCCUCCGCCCAGCUCUUCUCCAGAAGGAAACUGAGGAAGGCCCAGAGUGUUGACCUCUCCAGCGCAGAGGGACCUUGGACUGGCGCUGACCCCGGCCACUGUGGCAGCACCAGAGUCUGGAUUAAAGGCUUGGAAGUCAGCAGCGUGGAGCCAGUGGGUGGGCCCUGGCAAGGCCAACAGCCCCUCGGCUCCUCGGCUGCCUUCUGUCCACAAGAGGAUCAGAGGCUGAGGGGCCCUGUGCCAGAGAGCUGGAGCAGCAAACCGCAGCGUAUCAUGGAGGAGAUGGUGAUGACCGAGCAGGAGUAUGUGCGAUCUUUGCGCUACAUCCUUGGCAACUAUUUUCCUGAAAUGGAGCGGGCGGACCUGCCACAAGAUCUGAGGGGAAAGCGAAGCGUCAUUUUUGGGAAUCUGGAGAAGAUGUACAACUUCCACAGCCAGUAUUUCCUGAGAGAACUGGAGCACUGCUGCAGCCAUCCUCUGCGCGUCAGCCAUUGCUUCCUGAGACAUAAGGACCAGUUUGGGAUGUAUGCCUUGUACAGUAAAAACAAGCCCAAAUCCGACUCCUUGCUGGCCAGUCAGGGGAACGCUUUCUUCCGGCUCAAGCAGAUGCAGCUGGGAGACAAGAUGGACCUGGCCUCCUACCUCCUGAAGCCCAUCCAGCGCAUGAGCAAGUACGCCCUGCUCCUCAGAGACCUCAUCAAGGCGGGCGGGGAGGCCCAAGAGCAGGAGCUGGCCUACCUGCGGGCGGCGGAGCAGAUGGUGCGCUUCCAGCUGCAGCAUGGCAACGACCUCCUGGCCAUGGAUGCUCUCCGCAACUGUGACGUGAACCUCAAAGAGCAGGGACAGCUGGUGCGCCAGGACGGGUUUAGCAUUUCCCUGGGCCGAAGGAAGUACCAGCGCCACGUCUUCCUCUUUGAAGAUCUGAUCCUCUUCAGCAAGCCUAAGCGAGUUGAGGGCGCCCCGGAUGCCUACCUCUACAAGCGUUCCUUUAAGAUGGCAGAAAUCGGCCUAACGGAGAACUCGGGGGAGAGCGGCCUGUGCUUCGAGAUCUGGUUCAGAAGGUGGACCUCCAGGGACACCUACGUCCUGCAAGCCAGCAGCCCGGAGGCCAAGCAGGCCUGGACAAGUGACAUCACCAGGAUCCUCUGGGAACAAGCUGCCCGCAACAAAGAAGUGCGCCUGCAGGAGAUGUUGUCCAUGGGGAUUGGGAACAAGCCUUUCCUGGACAUCAAGCCUAGCGAGGCUGCCAUCCACGACCGAGCCAUCAAUUACAUGAUGAAAGGCAGAGGCGCCAGGACCCGGGCUUCCAUCGCGGUGUCUCUCUUCGACCAUGCCAACCCUUUCAAGAGAUCUCCGACCACUCUGUCCGCCGGCAGCCGAUCCUCUUGCUCGGGGAUUGCACCUCUCAACCUGCACAUGUACCUGGAUCAGACCUUGCUGCCUACAGUGCUGCCCACCAACCUUCCUUUACGGGCUGGGGAAGAUGAGAUGGAGAAUGAGACAAGCAGCCAGCCCUCUAUGACCACCGAGAGCUCCGAGUCUUCCCAGGGCCUGCCUGGAAGCGGCUCCAGCAGUUCUGACAGCUGCCUUCACAACUUGGGUGAGGACCGGAGUUCCCCCCUCCCUCCAGCAGCAGACGAAUUCUCCUUCACCUGCACAGAUACGGAGAAAGGCGGUUUCCCCAGCAACCAGUAUGUUUCAGCGGUUUGAACGCCGUCAGAAGACCGCAGGACACAGAUGGGCCCUUAUCCUCCCGACAAGCUCUGCAGGAGGGACGCAGGGCCGGGCCGCCUCUUCCGGCAGCCUGAGAGCUGAGGGCCCAGGGAAGCGGCAGUGGCUGAGAAAGGCC